AUGUUGCAGGAACUUGAGUUAACUGCCCAUAUCUGCUAUCAGCUGCCAGUCCUGGAACUUGUUGUCUCGUUUGCAGUUCUCUGCUUGUGCUCUCCUCCUUCAUGGAUGCCUUGCCUUUGCAAGAGCGCAACAUGUCUAUUGUGCAGAUGCUUCCCGCAGAUCAGGAACUCCAUUGUAACCCGAAUUAUGUAUGCCUUCCUCUUACUGCUUGGCACCAUCAUUGCUUGUGUUAUGUUGUCACCUGGGUUUGAGCAGCAACUCAAAAGAAUACCUGGAUUUUGUAAGGGAGGAUCAGGGUCCAUUACCCCCGGAAUGGAGGCUACUGUCCAGUGUGAGAUUUUCAUUGGGUAUAAGGCUGUGUAUCGCAUUUGUUGUGGCAUGAGCUUGUUUUUCUUCACUUUCUCUCUGCUCAUGAUCAACGUGAGAAACAGCCAAGAUUUCAGAGCUGCAAUACAAAAUGGCUUCUGGUGUUUAAAAAUUGGAACCAUGGUUGCAGUAAUUGUUGGUGCCUUCUACAUUCCAGAGGAGCCUUUCACCCGAAUGUGGUUUAUUGUUGGAACUUGCGGGGCCUUUUGCUUUAUUCUAAUCCAGCUGGUUCUUCUCAUUGACUUUGCCCACUCAUGGAAUGAGUCCUGGGUUGAUAAAAUGGAGAAAGAAAAUACAAAAUAUUGGUAUAUAGCUUUGUUAUCAGUUAUGGUCCUCAACUACACACUGUCAUGUACGGCUGCAGUUCUUUUCUAUUGCAUCUACACGCAGGCGGAGGGAUGUGUUCUCAACAAAUUCAUUAUUACCUUCAACUUGUUAUUAUGUGUCAUGGCUUCUGCUCUGUCAGUACUGCCCAAAGUGCAGGAAUACCAGCCUAGAUCUGGUCUUCUUCAGUCAUCCAUCAUGACUUUGUACACCAUGUACCUUACCUGGUCAGCCAUGACCAGUGAGCCUGAACACGCAUGCAACCCAAGUCUGUUCAGCAUCUUCAAGCAGAGCACCUCAUUCACAGUUUCCUCAGCAGAGAUUGAAAACCAGACUGUUGUAAUCAUUGUAGACACAGAGGAAACUGUGCAGUCAGCCCCUUACCUGAAGUGGUGGGAUGCUCAAAGCAUCGUCGGUCUGGCUAUUUCUAUUCUCUGCAUUUUGUAUUCCAGUAUACGAUCUUCCAACACCAGUCAAGUUAAUAAACUAACCUUAGCUGCUAAAGACACCACCAUACUAGAAGAAAUCUCCACAAGUCCUGAGAGAGCAGAAGAAGUCUUGACAGAAAAGCAUGUGAAGGACAAUAAAAGAGACAUACUUCAAUACAGUUACGCCUUCUUUCACUUCAUGCUGUUCCUGGCAUCACUCUACAUCAUGAUGACUCUAACAAACUGGUACAGUCCUGAUGCAGACUCCAAUGCAGUAACAAGCAAGUGGCCGGUGGUUUGGGUAAAAAUCUCAUCCAGUUGGGUCUGUCUCAUGUUGUACACCUGGUCUCUAGUUGCUCCUAUGAUACUCACCAACAGAGACUUCACAUAGUUGUUAAUUUUAU